AUGGGGUUUCUCUGAAUAUCUCUUAAUUAAUGUUUCACAAUUUUUCAAUUUUCAGAAUGGCAUCGGAUGACGUCGACGUUGCGUUAUCCUUCCAGCAGCUUUUGGCAUCCGACAUCAAAGUCAGAGUCUCCCUCCCGGACAGACAUGCGUUCAUUAUGUCCGUCGCCGAAAUGAGCGCCAUCCGCAACGCUCAGAUCAUUCCGAGAGUUCCGGAGCUCAACGAAGACGCGCAGAAGCUGAUCUACACAAUGUCUUGGGUCGCGAUGCACAUGAUCGACGUCAUUUAUGCGGUUAUCAAUUUGAACAUCGGCCCCUCGUUGAAGAUGAGCAACGGAAAACUGUCAGUAUUGAAUUUUAACGCAUUUUUCCCCCGAAGAACUUUAUUUUUUCAGCAUGCCCAUUUCCUGGGCGGCGUUUGUGACAGAGGACGAUGCCAAAUGGAGAGAAAUCGUGAAAGAACUCACGCAGCUCGGGCUCACCAACACGGACUAUCUCGGUCUUCGGUCCGCGGUCUUCCACGAUCCGAAGACGCGAACUCUGCUGCCGCAAUCUGACGCCGCCUACGCGUCGAUGCGAAAUCGGUGGGCAGAAUCGAGAACGGAAGAGGAGAUUCAGCAGUUGGAGAAAUUGAGCGAGGAGAUUGCGAAGCUCGCCGAUUCCGCAUUUUCCGUUCUUUUCGAUAUUCGCCGAUAUUCGCGCCUCGGGAAUGCUGACAAUUUACGGCUUCGAGCAUCUUGAGGGAAUCUUGAGUGCUCUCGAAGAGUUCUAUCACUUGGUAUCUUCAUCGGAUCUUCAGUUCAUGCCCACUUACGAUGUUUUUUACUACUCGCGCCCGCAUUAUCCUGGUAACCGGACGGAUAGCACCAAAGAUGUUCAGUUCGUGGCCGAGCAGUCGUGCAAAAGCGUUUACAGAUACGCGCUAUACGAUGCGAAUGAUGAUCAAGAACCUUCCGAUCAACGCACUCAAUGCCGGUUCCUGUCUGUUCCUGAGUGACUUGUUCGAAACGACGAAGCGUGCGAUGCGUGUGCCGAAUCCACUACUGCGGCCGGCGGAUCCCCUUCCGAUCGACUUAUUUUUGCUGGGCAUCGACCAGGCGAUGAGCCAGGCGACGUGCGUCGAAACGUUCGUCAAACAUAUGAUUGUCACAAAUAUGAACAAUCGUUACAACGAAUACUGCGAUGGAUACGUCGGUCGCAAUGCAGACGUGAGAAGUUCUGCGCAGGAUGCUCAUAAAGUACGGAUUUCAGAAAAACGUUUCUCAGGAACUGUUCCGAUACACUUUCUGUCUGAUUCAUCUGAUUGACGCCGUCUGGGUGAUGAGUUCGAAAGAAUUGGAUACUAUUGAGGAUUGGAUACACCUCAAGAAGAAUCGUGACGUGUAAGUCAGGACUGGACCCAUUCCAGACCCGCAAAGCCUAAUCAGAUUGGGCUUUUAGUCCAGUUUGAACGAAUAAACAAUCCAUUUUGCAGAAGUCCACAGCUGAAAGACGUGCUUCUCAUUGGCGAAACGCGCGAAGCUCACGAAUCACUCGCCAGUAUCGCCACGGAGCUCAGCUCGCUCAACGUCUCCGAGCUGAACUACCGGCACAUGCGAACGGUGGCCUUGUACGACAUUACGGAAAUCCGGAACCCGUAUGUCGUCCGUGCUCGUUCCCUCGCAUUCAUACAGUGGAAUUUUGAAGAACCUAUCAAAUCGAACAUUCUUACGUUGCUCGGAAUGGCUGAGAAGUUCAGGUUGGUUAACUGUCUCAGCCGAUGCACUUCUGGUUACCCUUUUCCAGGAAAUCGGCGCUCAUGUGGAAAAGUGUACGAAAGAGACGAUUGGCAGAGUGA